UCGAGUCCCGCAUCGGGCUCCCUGCUCGGCAGGGAGUCUGCUUCUCCCUCUGACCCUCCCCCCUCUCAUGUGCUCUCUCUCGUUCUCUCUCUCUCAAAUAAAUAAAUAAAAUCUUUAAAAAAAAAAAAUCACAAUCCAAGGUCAGAAACAGUGUUGAGUGAAAGAAGCCAGUCACAGAGAAAUGCCUACUGCAUGAUCCCUGUUUUGAAAAACAGGCAGAAUUGAAUAAAGAUGCUUGGGGGUUCAUGCUAAGGUGAAAAAAGAUAAAGACAAAUAAGGAAGUGAUAAUGUCAUAUAUCUUAAACCAAGUGGUGUAUAUGUGGUUAUUUGCCCUGUGAUAAUUCAUUGAGCUGUACACUUAGAUUUUGUGUGCUAUAUGAUUCUUCACAAUACAAAUAGUUUUAAAAACUCAUAAUCCCUCCAACCCAGUUAAAAAUAUCUCCUACUAACUUAGCAUACAGACUUCCAGUUCUACUUCUAUCCAUGAUUAUAUGUACUGUUUUGUAACUUACUGUUUGUACUUGACAUAUUGGGGACAUCUUCCUUUGGUUACAUUAUGUUUUAAUGGUAAUUAGAAUGGAUGUAAUCAAAAAGGUGAAACAUAUCAACUGUUGGAAAAGAGAUAGAGAAACCGGAACCUUCAUGCAGUGCUGGUGGGAAUGCAAAAUGGUGGAGCCACUAGGGAAAUGGUUUAGCACUUUCUAAAAAGUUCAGCAACACUUACCAUAUGCCCCACUAGCCCCACUCUAGAUAUCUACACAAGAGAAAGGAGAACGUAUGCCCAUACAAAAUAUUACAUAGAAAUGUUUAGAGCAGCACUAUUCAUAAUAGCCCAAACUUGGAACCAAUCCCAAUGUCCAAAAACUUAAACUGUGGCCUAUCCCUCCAACUGAAUAGGACCCAGCAAUGAAAAGGAACAGACUAUUCAUACAUGGCAGGACAUGGAUGAAACUUAAAACAUUAUGCAAGUGAGCAGAGCCAAACACAAAAUGUUACCCCUUGCUCGAUUCCAGCCAUAUAUUGAACGUUAGCACAUAGCUCCAUUGCACGGAUAUAACAUAACUUAUUUAACCAAGCUCAAUUGUUGGACUUGUGUCCCAUUUUUCAGUAUUACGAACAGGGCCAUGAUGACCACUUCAUGACUAUACACUUGUGGCCGAUCGUAAUUAUUUCUUUGGACGAAUGCCCCAAAAUGGAACUGCCUGUUUGAAAGUCGGCACCUUUUAAGGCUUUUGAUGAAUAGUGCCAAAGGUCCUUCACAAAGUGUGCUUGCUCUGUGCUCCCACCAGCAGAAUGUGAACGUCCCAUGUCUCCAUUCCCAAAUAUAGCUCUGCGUACCCACGGGGGUUGCUCCCAGCCCAAGGGCCCCACCGUCACGGUGCUCUGUGUUUGUUUGCAGUUCCCUGGGUGCGCGGCCGCCAUGCUUCUGUUCAUCAAUAGCGCUAACUGCCAAGUGGCAGGUUUUGCUAUCGCCACGGUUGGAUGGAUCCUCACCACCACCUCCAUGGGCUUCGUGGAGUGGAGAGUGUGGCACAUGGACAACACCUCUCUCUCUCCCUCUGGCCCGGUCUGUGUGGGAAUGUGGAAAGUCUGCAUUUACCACCAUAUCAGCAACUAUAACAGAACCAAAUUGUGUCGCCAUUUCAGCUACCGUGAUACUUACCUCCCUCUUGAUAUUCGUGUUUCUCAAAAUCUCCUGCUGGUCGCCAGCAUUCUAGGCCUUUUGGGGAGAGCCUCCACCAUCUUUGCACUUAGAAAUGUGUACAUGGGAGUUCGUCAGGGGAAUGCCACCUUCAAUCCAUCUGUUGCUUCAGGAAUUCUGAACCUGGCUGCUGGCAUCUGUAUCUCAAUCGCUGUGGUCUGGAAUUACCACUCCGUGGUGAAUGAAGAGGGUAUUACCUUCCCGCCAUCUCUCGCUAUACCCUUCAAGCCAGAUACUCAGGAGACUGGCAGUGCCUUUCUGGUGGCCUGUCUGGCUGCCUUCAUGAUGAUGUUAAGUGCGUUACUUUUCCUCGCUUACAAACUCCCCACGGUGAACUAAGUUCACCCUCAAACUUCAGAGAUGUAAAAGUCCUGGUUGCGUUGGCUUUGCGAAUCCAGCUUGACCAAGGGUUUAUGAGAAGUAUUAGUAGGAUGUUCUAUGAAAUAUUUCCAAAGAUUCAAGACCAUGGCAAAGAUAGCUUUGGGCAGAAGGUGGCCAACUAUUUCCUUCCUUUACCUUCUGUGUCUUUGUUUCAUUGAUUCACCAGUUCAUUGAUUGAAUUGAGGAAAUUUCAUUUAAAAAAAAAAUCUUCCUCACCUGCCAGUUGGUCUUAUUGGAUCUGUAUUUUAAUUAUUGUUCAAUAAAUAAUCAAUA